GCACGCACACAACCAAAUCACCGGAGUAAAAAACUUGUGAAAACAUCAAAGUGGUAGCAAGGAGUGGUCCUGUGAGGCAGCAAUGUCUGGCCUUGGGCUCGGUGACAUCGGCAGGAGCGGCAAUGGCAGGAGCCAUGGCAAGGCGAAGCUGCUGGCCCUGGGCAAGGGGCUCCCUGAGCAUGUUCAGCCCCAGGACAAACUCGUUGAGACCUACCUCCAGGACACCCGCUGCGAUGAUCCUGCCACCAGGGCCAAACUUGAACGCCUUUGCAAGACCACCACAGUGAAGACAAGGUACACUGUCAUGUCAAAGGAGCUCCUGGAUGAACAUCCAGAGCUAAAGACAGAGGGCACUCCAACAUUGACACCACGUCUUGACAUCUGCAACGCUGCAGUGCUUGAACUUGGUGCUGCUGCUGCUCAUGCUGCCCUUGGUGAAUGGGGUCGCCCUGCAGUUGAAAUUACCCACUUAGUCUACAUCUCAUCCAGUGAGCUUCGCCUCCCAGGGGGUGAUCUUUUCCUGGCAACUCGUCUUGGCCUCAGUCCAAACACUGUGCGCACUUCCCUUCUCUUCCUUGGCUGCUCAGGUGGUGCUGCUGCCCUCCGCACUGCCAAGGACAUUGCUGAGAACAACCCAGGUAGCCGUGUCCUUGUAAUAGCUGCGGAGACAACUGUGUUAGGCUUCCGGCCACCAAGCCCUGAUCGUCCAUAUGAUCUUGUUGGUGCUGCCCUGUUUGGUGAUGGUGCAUCAGCUGCAAUUAUUGGAGCAAGCCCCAUCACUGCAGAGGAGAAUCCCUUCUUAGAGCUUGAGUUCUCAACUCAGGAGUUCCUACCAGGGACAGACAAGGUGAUUGAUGGCAAGAUCACAGAGGAAGGGAUUAAUUUCAAACUGGGGCGAGAUUUGCCAGAAAAGAUUGAAAGCCGGAUAGAAGGGUUCUGCAGGAUACUCAUGGACAAGGUUGGGAUAAAGGAGUUCAAUGAUGUAUUUUGGGCUGUGCAUCCUGGUGGGCCAGCAAUAUUGAACAGGCUAGAGAUUUGCCUUCAACUUGAUCCAGAUAAACUCAAGAUCAGUAGAAAGGCCCUGAUGAACUAUGGGAAUGUGAGCAGCAACACAGUCUUCUAUGUGUUGGAGUAUUUGAGGGAUGGGUUGAAGAAAGGGAUGAUAAGGGAAGAAUGGGGGUUGAUCUUGGCUUUUGGCCCAGGCAUCACAUUUGAAGGAAUGCUAGUCCGAGUCAUCAACUGAAACUCAAAGAGGAGCACAUAGGUUUCUAUAAGCUAUUACAUGGCACAAUACCAUUUCACACUUAGUUAUAUAGUCUAAAAAUCUCAUAAGGAGCAUAGAGUCUUCAUGGCCUAUGCGUACUACUUAGUCCCCAUUUUAUUGUAGUUGAUAUUUAUCAAUUAUCAAACCAUGUCAGGCACUCAAGUUUGUUCCCAAGACACAUGUACAAGUCAGGCAUUAAUACCACACCUUGUUGCACUA